AUGAUAGCAUGGCAUAAUCUAAGUUCAUCAGCUGUUGGAAAAUUACUUGAUACAACAGGAUGGGGAGGUGGUUAUGUUUACGUGAGGAUAUUUUGAUGUCAUACCAUACCAUCUCUGAGCAUUUCCAUUGUGUUUUGCAGUGAUAGUUGACAGGUAGUCUGUGUAGCAAUACCUGACUCAUCCGUCCGCUUUUAGUGUGCUGGAAAUAUAGGACCCUCAUACCAACUGCUGGUUCAUCUUUGCCAGUCAUUAAGCGGAAAAGCUGAUCACUCAGCAGCUCAGAGUGCGGAGGUAAAACUGUUGAUUCAAUUCGCUCAGGUCAUGGUUAAGUGGACGGAACUGGAGCGCAGCACUGUGAAAGCUAUCUGGGAAAAAGUUGAUAUCGAUGACAUUGGGCCACAAAUUUGGGCAAGAGUCUUGAUUGUCUACCCCUGGACUGAGCGAUAUUUUGGUUCUUUUGGAGAUCUCUUCACCAUCACUGCUAUUUUGAAAAACGACAAAGUGGCGGCUCACGGAAAGGUGGUGCUGAAGGCUCUGGACAAAGCAGUGAACAACAUGGACAACAUGAAACGGACGUAUGCUGAUCUGAGCCAGUUGCAUUUUCAGAAACUCGAAGUGGAUCCUGAUAGCUUCAGGCUGUUGGCAGACUGUAUCACUAUCACAAUCGCAUGCAAACUCAAGUCAGCCCUGAGCCCCCAGAGUCAAGCUAUCUGGCAGAAGUUUCUAUAUGCUGUGGUCGACGCUAUGAGCAGUCAGUACCGCUGAAAAGAACCUAUUUGGAGAUAAUACAACUUUUUUUUUAAAACGUGUGUUAGCCUUGAUAUAAGUUUGACAUGAGUGCAUUUCAGUUUGUUUUUGAUCAGUUGGAGCUUGAGUUUUGUGAGUCCCACACUGAAGACAGUUACUAAAGACAAAACUGAAGUCAAAGAGACCCCAACACACACAAGUCUGACAGAGCUAAAGGAGGAAACAGCAUUUAGUGACUGUCAUGGGUUCCAGAUUUCAGACAGUUAAGAACUUGUCAUGGACUGAAAGUUGUUGUUUUUUUUACUCUGUGAAAAAUUAAUAAAACAUAAAAACAAUUUUUAUAGUUAACAUUAUGUCACAUUUUCAAAUUACUCUGAGCCUCUGAAUAUGGGGAACUGUAUUAAUGGCUAUAAUUCCUAAAAUUAAUACAGUACCUUUGCUAAACCACUUGAAAUAAUGCUGAAAGUCUGUCCAUCAAUCACACAUUCAUUGUUACCUCUGCCAAGAAGGUUAUGUUUUUGGUAGUGUUUGCAUGUGUGUCAUUCUGUCAGUAAACAAAAGAGCUCAAACAGUCUUUAAUGAAUUCUGAUAAAACUUUUUAGGGAUGGGGUCAUGAUGACAGUCUGUUAGAAUUUGGUUUAUGUCCACAGCGGUCUUCACGGUCAACUUAACGAUUUACUUGAGGUCUGCUGCAGGGAAGGCCUAGCUUAUUUCAUAGAGAUAAUGCCCUAAUGACAUUCUGCACAUACUUUAGUGUUAAGGUUUGCUAAAAUCUCCUCCCUGCGGUCCACACCUGUCAUACAUUAAAAACAUUUGAUACAUUAAGAAAUGAAAAACAUUAUAAAGGAAGCCCAGAACCUAGUAAGGCUGCUGAAAUCCUAUAUCAAGCAAAAAUGGAAAAAUAUUUCUGCUUCACUUGCAAAAGGCUUAAAUGUUGUUGCUAAAAGAUACACUGAUAAUACCCUGAUAAGCAUGCCACAAUCCAAUAUUUACUUAAAUGUACUGCUGGCUUCAAUUCUGACAUAGUAUAUGUAUUUUAAACUAAUAAAGAAAGAUCACUCUCAACAUUU